CCCCUCUCCUCCACCUGCCCGGCACCUCCCUGUCCUCCAUCAGCGAGCCACUCAGAUCUGCCGUUCCCGACCAGAGCCAGCGAGGCGAAGGCGCGAGGCGGGGACGCCAGCCAUCUGCCAUGGAGCCCGGGCUGAGCAUCGAGUCCGGCUCCGCCAUCCGCGUCGCGGUGCUCCCCGUGGGCGGCACGAUCCCGCCGCCGCGCCUGCGCGAGUACAUGGCGCUGGUGUCGCGCCACGCGCGCGUCGACCUCGCCUCGCUCCGCACCUACUACGCGGAGCACCAGAAGAGCCCCUUCGCGCACCAGCCCUGGGAGACCGGGUGCCUCCGCCUCAAGUUCGUGCUCGGCGGGUGCGUGCCUUCCCCCUGGGAGGACUUCCAGUCCUCGCGCAAGGUGCUCGCCGUGAUCGGCAUCUGCCACCUGCCGUCCUCGCCCGACCUCGACCGCGUCGCGGCCGACUUCGUCGACACGGCGCGGUCGUACUCGUCAGCGCUCGCCAACCGCUGCUUCGCCUUCUGCCCCACGGACGAGCAGAUGGCGGCAAAAAAGAGGGACGAUAUUAUCAUGUUCCCUCCUUCUGAUCAGCAAUCGCUGGAACUUCAUAUGGUUACAAUGAUCCAAGAUCUUGCUGCUUCAUUGUUGAUGGAGUUUGAGAAGUGGGUCUUGCGUGCAGAAUCUACAGGAACUAUUCUAAAGACACCUUUGGAUUCACAAUCCAGCCUUGGCUCAGAGGAGGUAAUUAAGGCUAAAAAGAGAAGGCUGGGUCGCGCACAAAAGAUAAUAGGAGAUUAUUGCCUUUUGGCUGGAUCACCUGUUGAUGCUAAUGCACAUUACACCACCGCAAUAGAGCUUGCAAGAUUGACUGGGGAUGUUUUCUGGCAUGCUGGAGCCCUUGAGGGUAGUGUCUGCGCAUUAGUGGUAGAUAGGAUGGGCCAAAGUGAUCCCGUUUUGGAGGAUGAAGUGAAAUAUCGUUAUUACACCAUUAUCCAGCUAUACAGAAGAGCCACUUUACAAGAUAAUGCUCAAAGAGUUUCACCUGUGAGCUUUGAGCUUGAAGCUGCCUUGAAGUUGGCAAGAUACUUGUGCAGGCGGGAACUUGCCAAGGAGGUGUCAGAUUUGUUAAUGGGAGCUGCAGAUGGUGCCAAGGCUCUGAUUGAUGCCAGUGACCGACUCAUAUUAUAUAUUGAAAUCGCAAGACUUUUUGGUACACUUGGUUAUAAGCGCAAGGCAGCCUUUUUUUCAAGACAAGUUGCACAAUUGUACCUUCAGCAGGACAAUGCAUAUGCUGCUAUGAGUGCUAUGCAGGUCCUAACCAUGACUACAAAUGCAUACCAUGUCCAAAGCCGAAAGGCUAGCAAAAUAAAUCACGAUUCAUCCAAGGAACCUCAUGCUAGCAGUACUGAUUCUGGAAAAGUGCACCCUCAGUCUAUAGUGUCAUUGUUUGAGUCGCAAUGGAGUACCAUUCAAAUGGUCGUUCUAAGAGAGAUAUUGAUGUCAUCAAUCCGUGCUGCGGAUCCACUCUCAUCAUGGAGUGCUGCAGCUCGUCUUCUUAGAUCAUUUUACCCACUCAUCACACCAGCUGGUCAGAGUGGCCUGGCAAGCUCACUUGCGAACUCUGCUGAUAAGCUUCCAACAGGCACACGCUGUGCUGAUCCAUGCCUUCCUUUCAUUAGGUUGCAUUCUUUCCCUCUUCACCCUUCUCAAAGAGAUAUAGUAAAGCGCAACCCACAUAAAAAGGAGUGGUGGACUGGUGCAGGUCCUUCAGGACCUUUCAUUUAUACUCCUUUCAGCAAGGCAGGAGCGUCGUCUGGGACUUCCAAGCAAGAGGUUAGUUGGAUUGUGGGGGAGCCAGUUCAAGUCAUGGUUGAGUUAGCAAACCCAUGCAGCUUUGACCUAGUUGUUGAGAGCAUCUAUCUCUCGGUCCAUUCUGGGAAUUUCGAUGCCUUUCCAGUUAGUGUUAGUCUUCCACCUAACACCUCAAAAUUAGUUUUGUUAUCUGGUAUUCCAACACAAGUCGGACAAAUUUCAAUUCCUGGGUGCAUUGUUCAUUGCUUUGGUGUUAUUACUGAACACCUAUUCAAAGAGGUUGACUGCUUGCUCCUUGGAGCUGCACAAGGACUUGUCCUUUCUGAUCCUUUCAGAUGCUGUGGCUCUAGCAAGGUUAAGAGUGUCAACUUUCCUAGUAUUUCUGUUGUUCCUCCUCUGCCAUUAUUAGUUGCCAAUGUUGUGGGUGGAGAUGGUUCCAUCCUUCUUUAUGAAGGAGAAAUUCGUGAUGUUCUGAUAACACUGACAAAUGCUGGAACCGUACCAGUUGAAGAAGCAAAUAUUGCUUUGUCAGGGAAGAAUCAGGAUUCUGUUAUUUCAAUUGCCCAUAGCACAUGGAAAUCUGCUCUUCCUAUUAAACCAGGUGGAGAAGUGACAUUUGCAGUGACUCUAAGAGCCUGGCAUCUUAGCUCGGCAGAUUUGGAAGCUGAUGGCAGUAGAUCUCCCGCAAGUUCAAGGAGAAUAGCAAGAGAAGGAAUCAACCCAUUCUUGAAUAUUCACUAUGCUGGUCCUGCUGCUAAUCCUGAGAAUGGAGAUAUUUCUCUUCCACCUGGAAGACGCCUGGUUGUUCCAUUGAAUAUCUGUGUUGUGCAGGGCAUGCGUCUUGUAAGAGCACGCCUGUUGUCCAUGGAAAUACCUGCUCGAUUUACUGAAGCGCAUUUAAGACCUGUCAGUGGCAAACAUGAUAUAAGCACUGGAAAUGACACAGAGCAUACUAAUGUUAAUCUAUUGAAGAUUGAUCCUUAUAAUGGAAGUUGGGGCCUCCGCCUUCUGGAACUUGAGCUUUUCAAUCCUACUGAUGUUGUUUUUGAUGUUGAUGUUGCUGUACAUUCGGAUGACACAAAUUUGGAUCAAAGACUAAUCUCAGAAGGCAAUGCUGCUGAUGCGGCUUGUCACAAAACUAGAAUUGAUCGCGACUACUCUGCCAGAGUUCUCAUACCUCUUGAGAACUUCAAAUUACCUGUUCUUGAUGCUUCCUUUUUUGUUAAGGAAAGUGGUAGUGAUGAACCUCUUGGAUCCCGGGCUGCCGCCAUAGCAGAAAGGAAUGCCAAGGCAGAGCUCAACGCGUCUAUCAACAAUUUGAUUUCAAAAAUAAAAGUGAAAUGGCACUCUGGGAGAAAUAGCUCAGGUGAGCUGAAUAUUAAAGAUGCUAUUCAGGCGGCACUACAAGCAUCUAUAAUGGACAUACUGCUACCAGAUCCCUUGACAUUUAGCUUUAAGCUUGCUAAGAAUGGAGCUGUUACCAAUGUUGAUUCUUCAAAGGAUCCAAUAUCUGCUCAUGAAAUGACCCAUAUGGAAGUUCAGAUUCGCAACAACACGAAGGAAAUUAUUCGAAUGAACCUUAGCAUUUCAUGCAAAGAUGUUGCAGGGGAGAAUUGCUUCGAUGAAAAUAGUGCAACUGUCCUCUGGGCUGGUGUUCUUAGUGAUAUACACCUGGAGGUUCUACCAUUGCAAGAGGUAGUACAUCCUUUUUCCGUGUACUUCCUUGUACCAGGUGACUACUCGCUGCAAGCUUCUUCCGUUAUCAUUGAUGCCACAGACGUUCUUCGUGCUCGUGCCAAGGCAGAGUCACCAGAUGAACCUAUACUAUGCCGUGGAUCCCCAUUCCAUAUCCGGGUAGUUGGUACAGCAUAGGCAGUUCUUCAGAGUUAGUUUAGAGACCUCAUUUUGUACCGUGACAUUUGUAGGUGUGAAAAAUCUUAUACAAGAGGGUUCCCUUCCCCACAUGUGAUUUGUUUGUUAGCCUCUUUGAAGGCUUCCUUGUAACACAAUCAUGUCGUGUACAGUGUACGAGCAUAGUGAAUUUCAGGCACGGGAAUUGCAUGUUGAUAAUUCCAGAAUCUUUGAUUCUUAAUCUGAAUGUCGACUCAUAACUUGCUAUUUA